AAUUCUUACACUCGCUUUGUUAGAUGAUCACUACGUUUCUUGAAUUUUUGCCGGGGUUUAUGUCAAUUAUUCUCGCUGGAAACAUGGAUUCGCCCCAAUCUCAGCAUUAUGUCGACGCUGCAACAUUCUCCAUCACGAUAUUGAACAUGACCUCGCUAUCUGUCGGGCUCGGACUCGCAUCAGCACUAGACACACUCUGUUCGCAAGCCCAUGGGGCCAAACGAUACGAAAAGAUCGGCAUCUACUUCCAGACUGGAGUCAUCGUACUCACCGUCACUCUCAUACCGAUGCUCUUCGUUAACGCCUUCACAGAACCGAUCCUGAAGUGGCUGGGCCAAGACGCAGAGGUCGCGAGUUAUGCUGGAGAAUUCUCGCGAUGGAUGCUGCCGGGCGUACCGUGCUUGUUCCUCUACGAACUUACUCGCAAAGUGUUGCAAGCUCAGAACAUCAUGACCCCACUCGUUACGAUCGCUGCGAUCGGUAACGUAGUGAACGUCGCGGCUGGCUAUGGUCUUGCUUAUCACACCUCCAUUGGCUUCAACGGCAUCGCUAUCGGCAGGAGUUUGGGUAACUUCGUCCUUCCGCUACUACUCGUGUGGCGUCCGCACCAUUUGAAGCAGUGGUGGUGUCAUCCAUGGGAUUUCAAAGCUGCGAUUCGAUACGUGCGCCUCUUUCUGCGACUUGGUGUGCCUGGAAUGCUGAUGCUUGGUAUGGAAAUGUGGGCUUUUGAAGCCCUUACUAUCCUAGCAGGGUUGCUGCCCGAUAGUGUUGUUGCAGUCGCGGCGCAUUCCGUGUUGGUCAACGUCGAUAUGCUGGUGUAUACGACAUUUGCUGGUCUCUCGGUAGCAGCUAACAUUCGAGUGGGUAAUUGUCUUGGAGCCAACAUGCCGAAGAAGGCCAAGAUGGUUCGUAACGUUGCACUGGUGAUCACACUGAUCGUUACGUUGUUCUUUGCGGGGCUCACGCUUGGACUGAGUGACUACAUCCCUCUCCUGUUCCUGGACAAAGGUAAAAGCGCUGAUCUAGCUGCUAGGGUGAUGGCGCUUAUGUCGCCCCAGAAGAUCGUUGACGGACUGAAUGCUGUGACGCAAGGAGUUUUCCGUGGCGCGGGUAAGCAGAAAUCUGCUGCGAUCGCGAACGCGGUGGCGUACUAUCUAUUCGGAGUUCCAUUUGGAGCCCUACUAGCCUUCCAGUGCGACCUAGGUGUCGAAGGACUGUGGAUUGGUAUGACUGCAGGCAACGUCUUGGCCGUGUGUGUGAUGGCUGUGCUCAUGCGGUUUUACUGGAACUGGGAUAGACUGGCGGACGAUGCUCAGACACGCACGAAUUUGUAACAGGACAACAUGAUCGCUUUGCUAACGCUGCAAACACUGAC